CGCGGAUUGGGCGGCCGUCACGCGCCUCGGACGAGGUCUUCGUCAAAAGGCGGAAAGGCCGCCGCGCGGAACGGAGCGCGUCCCGCCGACUCCGUCGCGCGAUCAGUGACGUCACUCGGGCCAGCUCACUUUUCGACGGCUUCGACGCGCGCGAAGGACGCCCGAAGGACUCGGCGCGGCUUCCGGCGGUUGACGGCGGAGCCGAGCGGCGCGGGAGAGCACGUGACGCGCGCCGCGUUUUGGCGGAAGCCGUAGUAAAGGGCGGGGCCGGAUGGCGAGUGGGCGCGGCGUGGGACGCCUCAAAGAUUGUUUUGAGUUCGGAGUGCCUCAUCGCCAUCUUGUCGCCCGAACGCUUUGGACGAUCCCGGCCCGCUCCGGCCCCGCCGAGGAGCGAGCCAGCUAGAUUUGCGAGCGAGCAUCCCGCGGGGUCCAGGAGCCGCGCGUGCCGAUUCUACUCCCCCGCCCCUCGCCCCCGCCGCGCCGCUCUCGUCUCGUCUCGUCUCGCCUGGAUCGGCCGUAGUCGUCGUCGUCGCCGCCAGUCCCGGUUCGGCCAUGAGCAUCGACACGCUGCUGGAGGCCGCCCGCUUCCUGGAGUGGCAGGCCGAGCGGGAUCGGAGCGAGCUGGCGGAGCGUCAAGUCCAACCGCGGCGCCUCUCCCGCGAGGAGGAUCCAUGCGAGGCAACGGCGCCCACCGGCCAGAAGGCGGAGUCGAGACGCCCGGAGCCUCUCGCACCGCAGCCGAUCGGAGCGGGCCGGGGGGAGCGGCCUCCCUGCCCGGCGGCCCCGCCCCCGCAAGCCCCCGUCGCCGUCAUCCCCGCCAUGCCGGUUGCGGCGGCCCUUCCUCCGGCCCGCGGCUCGUCUCCGUCUCCGCCGCGGGCGCCGCCCCGCCGUCCGCCGAGCCCGCCCCGCGUCAAAGCCGACACGGCCAACGGGCCGCUCCAAUGCGGCCAAUCGACUUGCGACUCGCGGCCUCCCGUUCACCUUGGCUACGCGGCCCCCGCGAGCGGCGACGGAGCCGCCCCGCACCCCGCCCCGGCGUCCCACCUGGGGACCAACGGCCUCGUGCCGGAUGACGUGAGAGGAGGGCCCAACGCCAAGAGGAGGCCUGGGGGGGCGGGCACCAGGGAGGUCCACAACAAGCUGGAGCAGAACAGGCGCGCUCACCUGAAGGAAUGUUUCGAGACGCUGAAGAAGAACGUCCCCAACGUGGACGACAAGAAGACGUCCAACCUCAGCGUCCUGCGCGGCGCCUUGCGCUACAUCCAGACGCUGAAGCGCAAGGAGAAGGAGUACGAGCACGAGAUGGAGCGGCUGGCCCGGGAGAAGAUCGCCAUCCAGCAGCGUUUGGCGGAGCUCAAGAAGGAGCUGAGUCAGCGCAUGGAUGCGCCGGAGGUGGAACGCCUCAUCCGGCAAAGCGUCCAGCCCGAAGACGACCAGGCGUCCACCUCCACCGCUUCGGAAGGCGAAGACGACGCGGAGCGGGACGGCGACAAGGACGCACCCGCCGGCGCUCGCGCGCCCCCGCCCGUCCCGCCGCCGCGCCCGUCCUCCUCCCCGGCCCCCCCUCCCCCUCGGGCCCCGCUCCCGCCGGCCGGCGUCAUCGCCCGCGCCGCCGCGCCCCACCCUUCCGUCAUCCAGGCGGUCAGCCGCGCCAAUCACAAGCAGCUCCCGCACGUGGCCCCCUCGCCCGGCCCCGCCCCCAUCGGCCACAUCACGGUGCACCAGGUGGCGCGGCUGGGCGCGCUGCCCGCCCUGUACCCGCAGGGGGUGUCGGUGGCGCGGCCCGCCGUGGUGGGCCACAUCGCGCGCACCUUCGCCCCCCGUCAGCCGGGCGCCGGCGGUGGCGGCGGCGCGCCGAGCCAGCGGGCGGCGGCGCCGGGGAAAGCCGCCGCGGUGCUGGCGCCCCGCCCCCAGCUGGUGGGCCAGGCGGCCGUCACCAUGGUAACGGUGCCCACCUUCCCCAUCGGCACCAUCAAACUGGCCUGAACUGGCGCUCGGACAUCUUCCGAUCUUCUUGGGACCGGACGCCGCCGCCAAAAAGGAAGGAUCGUGGACGGGCUCCUCCGCAAAACUGCGUCACCACGCUCGGGCCAAAGCCCCGCCCACGACGACUAACUUGGCGCCGUUUUGGCUCCUCGAAAGUACAUCCGAGCGAGUUGCGAGUCAGGGAGCCCAUGCGGUGCUUCUUUUGCGCGGAGACUCGGCGAGUCGCCGCCACCCAGGAAAGAAGUUUGCGCAAAAACCGCAGGCAGCUCAGCAUCCCCAACAAAACAAGAAUUGGACUUUUGAGGGUUUUUUUUAAUUGUGUGAAAGCCGCUCCUUUCCUUUUUUUUUCUUCACACACGUUGAGCGAAUGGAAAGACAAGUUCGAUUUUUGCUCUUUGGGACCGAAUGUGAAAAAAAAAGAAGCGCUUUGUCGACCGCUCCAACGUUCUUCCGAUGGUGACUGCGCUCGCAUGGCGCCAUCUCGCGGACGGACUUUGUCACGCCGGCCUCGUUUGUGUCGUUGCGGCGCAUGUUUGUGGGAAAUACGGAUAUCAUAUAUUAAUCGGAGCGCGGCUGUUUUUCCCUAUGGCGAAAGUGUUAAGUUAUAGAAGCAGGCCUGGGCGCUGUGGGCCGGCCGUCAACGUUCAUCGCAAAGAUUCUUAAUGAAUAUGAAGACAUUUACCACAGUCCCUGUUUGGCGCCUG